AUGUCUAUUCGGCGCCUUAGAUACUCGUUUCUCCCCCUCCCAACAUCCCCCUCUCCCCCCCCCUCCUUUUAUCCCUCCGCCAGGUCUGGUGUGGUGGGGGCAGCACGAGAGGGCCAUGCUGCUGCCCUCACUGUGUGGUGGGGGCAGCACGAGAGGGCCAUGCUGCUGCCAUCGCUGUACAACGACACACAAGAUCGGACGGCUCUUAUUCAAUCUGAGUUCGCCACCAUCCAAUCGCUCGUGCACGCCUCCCCCCUCCCCUUCCCUCCUCCUCUUCUCCCUUUCUUGUCAGUUGAAGACAGGCGACACCCAUCACCCACACCUGCACUGUUCCCCGUUUCUCCCCCUCAUCAUUCCACCAUCCCUCCUCCUCUUCUCCCCUUCUCUCCUCCUAUUCCCCCUCCAGGCUCUCACCCAUCACCCACACCUGCAUUCGUUCCUCCCGAACCUGACCUACGACCAGUUCUGCCAUGCCUACUCGCUAGGUACGGCAUGUGA